AUGACCUCCUACAGCAAGGACGUGUGGAUGUGCCAAUCUGUCACAGAAAGCUUUGCCAGAGUGGUCCACGGCUUGCAGGUGGCUCACCUCACAGAUGGCGUCAUCCAAAGGAGCAAGAGGAUGAUUCUGGAUACCCUGGGUGUUGGGCUCCUGGGGACCGGUACGGAGGUGUUUUACAAAACCAGCCAAUAUAGCAAGAUCUACACUUCCAACAUCUCCAGCACGAUUUGGGGCCAGCCCGACUUCAGGCUCCCACCAGCCUUGGCUGCUUUUGUCAAUGGAGUAGCUAUUCACUCCAUGGACUUCGAUGACACGUGGCACCCGGCCACCCACCCUUCCGGAGCUGUCCUUCCUGUGCUCACCGCUCUGGCCGAAGCCCUGCCUCAAAGCCCAAAGUUCUCUGGCCUGGACCUGCUGCUGGCUUUCAACAUUGGCGUGGAAGUCCAAGGGCGCUUAAUGCACUUCUCCAAGGAAGCCAACAACAUACCAAAGAGAUUCCACCCGCCCUCGGUGGUAGGAACUCUGGGUGCUGCUGCUGCUGCAUCCAAGUUUUUAGGGCUCAGCUUGGCCAAGUGCCAAGAGGCCCUGGCAAUCUCCGUUUCCUAUGCCGGGUCACCACUUGCAAAUGCUGCCACGCAGACCAAGCCCCUCCACAUUGGCAAUGCUGCCAGGCAUGGGAUCGAAGCUGCUUUUCUGGCACUGCUGGGUCUCCAAGCAAACAAGCAGACGUUGGACAUGGAGGCAGGGUUUGGGGCCUUCUACGUAAACUACUCCCCCAAGGUCCUUCCGAACCUAGACGCCUACCCGUGGCUGCUGGACCAACAGGACGUGGCCUUCAAGCGUUUCCCUGCACACUUGGCGACCCACUGGGUGGCAGACGCUGCUGCCUCUGUAAGACGUCACCUUGCCGCAGACAGAGCCCCGCUUCCUGUCAAUCAUAUCCAGAGAAUUGUGCUCCGCAUUCCAGAUGUCCAGUAUGUAAACAGGCCCUUCCCAGACUCGGAGCACGAAGCCCGCCACUCCUUCCAGUAUGUUGCCUGUGCCACCCUGCUCGAUGGAGGCGUCACUGUCCCAUCAUUCCACAGAUCCCAGAUCGACAGGCCACAGGUGAGACAGCUGCUCAGGAAAGUGGUGCUGGAACACUCUCCGGACAACCUGCCAAACUUUAAUAGCCUCUACUGCGAGGUGACCGUCACGCUCAGUAACGGAGCCUCCUUUACAGAACGCUCCGAUACCUUCUACGGUCACUGGAGGAAGCCGCUGAGCCAAGAAGACUUGCAGAAGAAGUUCAAAGCCAAUGCCUCUGGGACACUGCCCUUCAACAAAGUGGAAGAUCUUCUAAGGAUCGUAGAAAAACUAGAAGACCUAGAAGACUGCUCAGUGUUAACCACACUUUUAAAAAGCCCCUUUCUACCCCAGGAGGCUUCUAAAUCUAGCCAGUAUGUAUAUAAGCCCAUCCUGUAAUCUGUCCUGAAGGCAACCAAAGUCUAAAUCACUUUGCAUUUGGGCGAUUCCACAAUUUGCUUUAUAGACCAAGGGUCAGCUGUUUGGUCGGCCUACCCAGAGUUCAAUGAAGUAAGAUGAAGAGAGGCCUGAAA